AUGGUGGUGGGAAAGGAUAGGGUGGACUUGCUGGUGAGAAGUGUCAAUGUUGUUCUCAAGGAGAUGCAACAUAGGGGUGCGUUGAAGGAGAACCCAGGUGUAGAUCCAGCCCAGAAAACAGGGGAUGUCCGUACACAAACAGAGUAUGGAGUGAGUGGUGCACAGCCAACUCAAAGGCGACUGAAUAUGGAUCCAAAACCAUGGGUGAAUUUGUUUAAAGGUAGUACUCUUCCUUCUAAAGAAUGGCAUCAAGUUAACAAACCUCAGAUUUUCCUCCAUGAUGAGGGCUAUUUUGUGAUUAGAUUUCAGUCAAAGAAGGACAAGGAAUCAGUUCUGGGGGCUGGUCCUCAUAUGUUCUUUGGCAAACCUAUGAUUUUUAAACCUUGGACAGCAAGUUUUAAUUUCCAGGAGGAAUUAUUGAGGGUAGUUCCAGUGUGGGUUAGAUUGCCUAACUUACCAUUAAGCUGUUGGGGGGGGGGGGGGGGUGAUUCAUUGAGCAGAAUAGGGAGCUUGCUUGGAGAUCCUCUAUUUGCUGAUGAUUGUACUUCUAAGCAACAAAGAAUAUCCUUUGCUCGAAUUCUCAUUGAGGUGGAUGUAACUGGUGAUUUGCCUAAAUCUGUGCAGAUUCAGGAUCCUAUGGGUAACAUUGUUAAACAGGUGGUUGAGUAUGAGUGGCUGCCACCAUACUGCCAGAACUGUAAGAUUGUGGGACAUGAUUGUACUCAGACAAAAGUCAAUACUACAAGAUUUAGACCAGCUGCUGUUCAGAAAAAAAAGGUUGUGAAGGUGGGGAAACCUAAAGCUGUGCAACCAGCUCCUGAAGCAAAAGACACUGAUGACUUGAAUAAUAAAACUGCUGCUCAAGAGAAUGAUGGAGAGAAUGGAGAGUUGUCUGUUACUGAUAGACCCUUUACUCAACUUGCUCCAAUUCAUGAUGAAGGGUGGAGGGUUGUUUCAAGGAGAAGAAGAGAUAUAAGAACUCCAGCUUAG